AUGACAGUUCUCAAGACCAUGACUCGAAUAUUCAUCACCGGCUCCAGCGACGGCAUCGGGCAAGCCGCCGCAAAGCUCCUCGCCGAGCAGGGCCACUCGGUCGUCCUGCACGCCCGCAACGCCGACCGCGCAGCCUCAGCGCACAAGGCCGUCCCCAAAGCCGAAGCCGUACUGGUCGGCGACCUGAGCUCGAUCUCCGAGACAAAGAAGCUCGCAGAGGACGCUAACAAUCUCACACCGGAGCCCUUCGACACCGUCAUCCACAACGCCGGGAUCGGAUACGGCGGGACCUCCAGCACGGAGACUACCGCUGAUAAGAUCUCGGCUGUGUUCGCGGUUAAUACGCUCGCACCGUAUAUCCUCACCUGCAAGAUGAAGCGGCCGACCGAGAGACUGCUGUAUAUGAGCUCGGACAGCCACUACGGGGGCGACGAGAGCCUGCGCAACGCGACGCAGUCACACUCGUACGGGAACAGCAAACUGCACGACGUGAUGCUGGCGAAUGCAUUUGCUAGACGGUGGGGGGACGAGAUUCAGAUUGUCAGCAUGCAUCCGGGCUGGGUGCGCACGAAGAUGGGCGGCAGUAUGGCGCCGGGGGGGAUGGAUAAGCCGGCUAAGGCGCUGGCGGAGUGGGCCGCGGGGCAGGGCAUCCUGGCGAAGCUCAGGAGUGGCACGUUCUUCACGACGAGGGGGGAAGAGUCGGCGCAUCCGGGGGCUGCGAAGGUGAACAAGCAGGAGGAGCUGUUGGGCAUUUGCAGGGAGGUCUCAGGGGUAGAUAUUCCGUAG